AUGCCGGUGCCCGACAGGCCCACGACGAUAUUGCCCGCGCACUGGGUGCUCGACGUGGUCUGCGAGGUGCUCAUGGAAACGACUUCGACGUCUGGCGGGCCGUUGGUGAAGAUCUCGCCCGGCUUGAUGGCGACCGGAAGGGCGAAGGGCGACGUCGAUGGCGUGGGCGAGACCGAGGGCGAGGGCGAUGUGGAGGGCGAGAACGACGGCGUGGAACUGGCGGUCGGUCUGGGAGUGCGCGAGCGCGAGACGUUAGUGGUGACCGACGGUGUGGGCGAGUUUGAGCCCGAGGGCGAGCGCGAGGGUGUGGGCGACUGGGAGGUUGAGGGCGUAACGCUCAUCGAAGGGGAGGUCGAGGGCGUGCGGCUGAUCGACGAAGAAGUCGAGGGCGUGGCCGACGGAGAGGCCGGCGAAGGCGUCGCACUGGUCGUGCCGCUGAUCGACGGGGUGGCCGAAAGCGUGGGCGACGGGGAGGCCGAGGGCGUGCGGCUGACAGACGGGGAGGCCGAAGGCGUGGCACUGGGCGUGCUGCUUACUGAUUGGGAGGUCGAGGGCGUGGGCGACGGGGAGGCCGGCGAAGGCGUCGCACUGGGCGUGCCGCUGAGCGACGGGGAGGUCGAGGGCGUGCUGCUGACUGACGGGGAGGCCAGAGAUGGCGUAGCACUGGGCGUGCCGCUGCUUGACGGGGAAGUAGAGGGCGUGGCCGACGGUGAGGCCGGCGAAGGCGUCGCACUGGGCGUAACGCUGACCGACGGAGAGGUCGAGGGCGUGGCCGACGGAGAGGCCGGCGAAGGCGUCGCACUGGUUGUGCCGCUGAUCGAUGGCGACGACGAGGCACUGGGAGAGGACGAUGGCGUGGCCGAGGCCGAGGGCGACGCACUGGGCGACGACGACGGCGUGGCGGAGGCCGAGGGCGUUGAAGUGGGCGUCGAUGAAGCGCUGGGCGAUGACGAUGGCGUGACCGAUGCCGAGGGCGUUGAACUGGGCGGCGACGCACUGGGCGACGACGACGGCGUGGCGGAGGCCGAGGGCGUUGAAGUGGGCGUCGAUGAAGCGCUGGGCGAUGACGAUGGCGUGACCGAUGCCGAGGGCGUUGAACUGGCCGUCGCUGAGGCGCUGGGCGAUGACGAUGGUGUGGCCGAUGCCGAGGGCGUUGAACUAGGCGUCACUGAGGCGCUGGGCGAUGGCGAUUGUGUGGCCGAGGCCGAGGGCGUUGAACUGGCCGUCGAUGAGGCGCUGGGAGAUGACGAUGGCGUGGCCGAUGCCGAGGGCGACGCACUGGGCGACGGCGACGGCGAGGCGGAGGCCGAGGGCGUUGAACUGGGCGUCGAUGAGGCGCUGGGCGAUGACGACGGCGUGGCCGAGGCCGAGGGCGUUGAACUGGGCGUUGCUGAGGCGCUGGGCGACGACGACGGCGUGGCCGAGGCCGAGGGCGUUGAACUGGGCGUCGAUGAGGAGCUUGGCGACGACGACGGCGUGGAGCUCGGGGUCUGGGUGGGGGUCGGGGAGGCCGACACUCGGGAAGGCGAGGGCGUGGGAGUGAUCGAGGCCGUGGGCGAAGGCAGCGCAUCGCAGCAGCCGAGCAGCUUGAGCUUGGCUGUCCGUUGCGAGCGCACCUCGUAUGUGCCGGGUGAGAUGCUGUAG